AGCUCCGGAUAAAGCGCCGCUCAGGAGGCAAGGCGUUCAUCAUCCUCAUCAUCAACCCGCUGUGAAUUCAUUUUCUCUCGUUUUGACUUCCAUUUGGAGAACGCAAGAGCAAAAUAAGGACGAGCCCCUCAUUUGACAUCGACGGACAUCACGCUGAAAGAUUUGAUCGUCACCUUAUAGCGCCCGCUCGUCUUAAGACGCCUCACUUCGGGAAUGGGAAAUGAUGGAGGAUAAAGCGCCCCGUGUCGCCGACUACUUUGUGGUUGCGGGCCUCACUGACCCGACCAAGCUUUUGGAGGAGGAGCUGCACUUUGACGAUACCGCACCGAAAUCCGUCAAGCCAGAAGCGCCCAUCACGGACGUUGCCGUGGUGAUCCGCUCCCUGGGCGAAGAGGUACCCCCCGGUUUCACCUGCGUGGAAAGCACCCCCUCGGGCCUGUCGGCCGAGCUCAACGGAGCCAGUCUCCGAGGGCCGCAGAUUUUCCUGUGCUUCAAGCGAGGCCGAGAUAAGCCUCCGCUGACAGAUCUUGGGGUUUUGUAUGAAUGGAAAGAAAAGCUGAAACCUGGAUGUCACAUCGUUCAGACCACGCCCUCAGGCCGCCCCGCCAACAUCAGCAGCUCGUCAUCGCAACGCAUUUACAUCACCUACCGCCGCGCUCCCAAGAGCCAGCCGCACACCUCGCUGGCCGUCACGGAUGUCUGCGUUAUUGUGCCCGGCAAGGGGGAGACACCCCCUCACACUUUCUGCAAGGUGGACAAGAACCUCAACAGCAGCAUGUGGGGAUCAUCGGUCUACUUGUGUUACAAGAAGUCUCUGGCCAAAGCAAACAUGAUUGCCUGCAAAGCAGGUCUGCUGUGCAGGUACCCCGAAGAGGACCAUGAGCCCUUUCCGCUGCCUGAGUCCGUGCCUAUGUUCUGUCUGCCGAUGGGGGCAACCAUCGAGUGCUGGCCCGCUCACACGAAACAAGCGCUUCCCGUCUUUUCCACAUUCGUCCUGACGGGAGCGUCAGGAGAAAAGGUGUACGGAGCAGCGAUCCAGUUUUACGAGCCUUACCCGGAGGAGCUGUCCGAGCGUCAGCUGUCACAGCUCGGCCUGCUCAGCUCCGAUUUGGGACCCGGCGGGACCAGGAGCGUUUACAGCAACAAGAGCAUCUGUCUCCUCUCCCACUGGCCCUUCUUCCAGUCCUUCAGGAGCUUCCUCACGUUCCUCUAUCGAUACUCCAUCUCGGGACCACACGCGCUGCCCAUUGAGAAGCACGUGGCUCACUUCAUGCAAAAUGUGCCAUUCCCCUCCACGCAGAGGCCGCGCAUCCUCGUGCAGCUCUCGCCACAUGACAGCCUGAUAUUGAGCCAGCCCGUGUCCUCUCCGCUGCCUCUCAGCGGCGGAAGCCUCUCCACGUUACUCCUGAACCUGGGUCCGAAAAACGCCGCCACCUUGCUGGUGUUGGCCGUCACCGAGCACAAGAUCUUGGUUCAUUCCCUGCGGCCCGCCGUACUCACCAGCGUUACCGAGGCACUUGUGUCUAUGAUUUUCCCCUUCCAUUGGCCGUGCCCCUACAUCCCUCUGUGCCCGCUGGCCCUGGCAGGUGUCCUCAGCGCGCCGUGUCCUUUCAUUGUGGGCGUGGAUUCCCGAUACUUUGACCUGUACGUGCCCCCGGCUGACAUCAGCUGCGUGGAUUUGGAUACCAACACCGUUUCCCAGAAAGAGGAUAAGAAGGCUCUAACGUGGAAAAUGUUGCCCGGGAGAGCCUGCAAGAAUCUUCUGAAUUCCCUCAAUAAACUCCAUCAGCAACUCACGGAGGGUGGUUACCUAAGCCGCGAAGACGUUCACAUGGAGCACGCGGUGGCUGACGGCGAGCUCAACGGUGGCAAGAGUCUCCAAACUCUGGAACUGGAGAUCCAGGAAGCCUUUCUGCGCUUCAUGGCGGCCAUCCUCCGAGGUUACCGUUCCUACUUGCAGCCCAUCACGCAGGCCCCCUCGGAGAAGACCACCGACGUCAGCUCCCUUUUUGACAUUCAAGGCUUCUUGAAAAGCCGAGACCGCUCGCAUCAGAGGUUCUACUCGCUCAUGACCAAGACCCAAAUGUUCAGCCGCUUCAUUGAGGAAUGCUCCUUUGUCAGUGACAAAGAUGCGAGUCUGGCUUUCUUCGACGAGUGCGCUGAUAAGCUCUCCACGGUUGCUAAGAUCGACAGCGAGAAGCCAGACGACGCCAGACUCAUCGAACUGGACGAAUCCCAUCGCAGUGAGCACACCGUUUACGUCAACCCGCCAGAGCUGCCUCUGCUGCCCGAGGGAGAAGAGCAUCCUUUGUGCUAUAGCUACGUGGGCUUUCCAGUGCUCAACUCCCAACUUCUCCAACCGCCGGAAGGAGCGAAUCCUCCGUCGGCGGCCACGGCUUCACGCCACUGCAGCCCGUCAAGUCCGACAGCCAUCUUUAGACGCUCCAAGCAGGAGAUGAAAUCUGCUCAAAAGAUGGCGCAAGCGUAUUCGUCAAUGCCGCAGAAGUGGUCCAAGUGUCUGCUGCGUCACUGCUACGGCCUGUGGUUCAUUUGCUUGCCUGCCUUGGUCGAAACGUGUCCCUCUAAAGUGCGGGCGCUGCGCACCGCCUACGACGUGCUAAGGAGGAUGCAAGAGAAGAAGCUCCAGGCUCCUGACGAGGUGUGCUACCGUGUAUUGCUGCAACUGUGUGGUCAGUACAGUCAACCGGUUCUGGCAGUCAAGGUGCUUUUUGAGAUGAAGAAGGCUGGGAUUCAACCCAACGCCAUCACCUACGGCUACUACAAUAAGGCGGUGUUGGAGAGCACGUGGCCGUCCACCACCAGAGGCGGCUUCUUUUUGUGGGGGAAGCUGAGAAAUGUGGUCCUGGGCGUCGGCCAAUUUAAGCAAGUUGGGAAGAAACAAGCAGAGUCACAAAGAGAAACUCAUUUGUCAGACGGGAGCGAUCUGGACACUGUCAGUCACGGCAGUUUGGACAGCGCAAAUGACUCUGCCGAGCGCAACUCCAUCGAUGCCGACUUCAGUAAGAUGGACUCCAGCGAUGAUGGAUUUAGCACAGGUGGCCAGUCAGACCAAGGUUACGAUUCUUUAUCCAAGGAGGAGAUGUGCUGCAGAGAAGGUGAAAAUAUUCCACCGGUGGAGGACAAAGGAUUGAAGCUGCACAACAAUACGGACAGCCUGCUUUCCAGUCCGUCGUUAAGCGACAACACGACCCGAGCGGAGCGGCCAAAGUCCCUGGACUGGUCGGUCGGAUCGGGAGCGCCGAAGCUCACCGUCCCUCAUCUCAACUCCAAUAAGCAGCACCACGCAGCUGCUGACAAACUCAGCGGGUUGGAGGAGGAGGCGGCAGAGUCUGAGGGUGAACAGAACCCGACCCGAAGAAGCGACCGUGGACCAUCCGGUCGAUCGGAUAUCGAGGCGGGGUUUGAUCCCUUGACCCAGAUGGCCACGGCGCAAGAGCGCGCUCAGGGCAACGUUAGCACGCCGACCGCCCGCCGCCAGCUAGCCGAGGAGAUCGAAAUGUACAUGAACAAUAACAGCAGUCCGCUGAGGAGCUGCCGCAGUCCCCAGGCGGAUUCGCCCAACCAAUCAAGCCCCUCCUCGCGGUCCACCCGAGCUCCCGCGCUGAUCCGUUCCAACACCCUCCUGCCGCUACCCGUCAAAUCCCGAGAGCGGCUCAGGACGUCGCCGUCGCUCCCUCUCGGCGUUUGUAGCAAAGGCAGGGAGAGGCCUUCAUCCUUGGUCUUGCCCUCGUCCCCCACUCCCUCCGCCUCCUCCUUCUCCAUGGACUCCCUCUUCACCCCCAGCCUGGACAGCUUCAAGAGCAGCGUCCUCUUAGCGGGCAAGGGCGUCGCCGAGAAGGCCAGCCGCCUCUACUCCCGCCUUUCUUCUCAAACGUCAUUAACGCAGGAUUCAAACUGCGAUCGUAUGAGCGUGUCCUCGUUGGCCUCGGGGGAUGCCGACUGCACCUCGUUCGUUGAUAACGACACCUUUCUCGACCAAGCGGACAGCUUGGUGUCGCCGCAGCACGCCGGUGCGGCCCGGCUCAGGAGGAGCCCCGGAGCGGGCCACAGCCACACGAGCAGCCUCGGCUCCCCCGACAGGGUCUUCCGACACAACUCAUUCUCUGGCGGUUUGACAGUUCCUUCGAGAAGUCUUCACACUCCAGAUUCCUCACCCGACAUAAACCACUUUCGUCCUUCUCCCACUUAUACCAUUGAGGUGAUUAUGUCCAGCUGCUCGCUUUGCAAGACUUGCGACUCUCUGGUGUACGACGAGGAGAUCAUGGCCGGCUGGACGGCCAACGACUCCAACCUCAACAGCACGUGUCCCUUCUGUGGCUCGGCCUUCCUGCCUUUCCUCAAUGUGGAAGUCAAAGAUCUGAGGCCCUCCUGCAGAUCUCCCCAGGAGUCUGUUCCUGUUGCCAAGGAGGACACGUCAGUGUCACUCAGCCCUGAAGCCAAAACGUCAGAGGCGGUCUCCUCUUCCCCAAGGAAUGCUGGGACGUCCGAACCCGUGACUGUGCCCUAUCUGAGCCCACUUGUUCUUUGGAAGGAACUGGAGAGCCUCCUUGUGAACGAAGGAGAGCAGGCCAUCUACUCCCCGGGGGUUGUGGACCAACACCCCAUUGUCUUCUGGAACCUUGUGUGGUUCUUUAGGAGGCUGGAGCUGCCUAGUAAUCUGCCAGCUCUUAUCCUGGCCUCCCAACACUGUCGCCAUGGUGAUCAGACGCUUUGCGGCGUUUCCUCCGAGGACAGCAAGCAGGUGCUGGUGAGGAUCAUGUGGGACAACCUCAAGUUGCACCAAGACAAAGUCCACCCUUGUUACAUCCUUUGGAACACACAUUGCGCCAAUUCUCUGGUUCGCUCGGGCCUGUGCGAGGAAGGCCAGCUCUUCACAGUGGAGCUCCUUCAGAAUUUGGUGAGGAGCAUCAAGAAGAGUGACAUCUAUCAGCCCAUGAGCCAAAUCCUCCAGCUGCUGGGGCCCGAGUUGGGUUUUAAAAGACAGAGGAGCUUGUACAGAGAUUUAUUAUUCCUCACUCUGGUGUCGUUGGGAAAGAACAACAUCAAUAUCAAUGCAUUUGACCGGGAGUACAAGCUGGCCUACGACCGCCUCACCCCCAGUCAGGUCAAACUGACCCACAACUGUGAUCGCCCCCCCGGAGCCGGGGUCAUGGAGUGCAGGAAGACUUUCGGGGAGCCCAGUCUGUGAACCAGAUGUCAUACAUGCACAUACACUCACACAGGUUGGACUUUGGACUCAGGACCAGCCCACCUGAGCUCUUCUUAAGCACAAAGGGAACUCUUCAAUGCAAAGCAACUGCCAUGAUGACAUCUCUGCACUGUUCAGCGCUGGGACGUGCGGAGCAGUGAGUCUUGAGGAAAUGCUUUUGAAUUUUCACUACUAGCUACAACUGUUAUUAUUUUUGUAUGUCAAAGGUCAUGGAUUCUCACUUUGCGGUCCUGGCGACCCUUGUUGAGAUUAUCGUUAAGCGUAGAGAACAAACUCCUUUUUUUUUUUUAAGCACUUUGACAAGAUGAGCUCCGCAUUUGUCCACAGCCAAAGAUUUGAUAAGUUUGACGGGGCCACGUAACACAUUGUAAUGUUUUUAUGUCAAACAUAUAAAAUACAGCUUGACCAAAAGCUAAAUACAUUCCUUUUCAUCCUCACCGUGUACACACUUUAAUACCUGAUGACACUAAACUAUGUGGUGAGAUGUUUAAAAAAAAAAAAAAAGUAAAUUAUUAGAAGGGAGCACUAACUUCAUUUAUAUGCGCAAUGAUUUUUUUUUUUUCUACAAUGUACCAAAAAACCCAAAGGGAAAUUCUAACAUGAUUUAUAUGGUUUUUAAAGCAAUACUUUUUUUAAAGUGAAAUUUCUUGAUAGUUGUAUGGGACCACUAAGGAUACAUUCCCUCUGUACAGUACAAUCAAAGUAUGUGAUCGCCGGAAAAAAUGAAUGACUGUUGGAUUAAUCUCAAUUUUGCUUUUGUCAAUAUUGUCACAGGACUUGUAGAGAAUUUGAUGUGUUUUGUAGAUUUCAUUUCGUAACAGAAAUGAACCGCUUCAAGGUUUAAGCUCGUAAAGAGAGAAGAAAAAAAAAAAAAGCUGUGCCCUAUCCUGACGUCACCAUGUCCCUUCCGAAGCUGACAAAGCAACCUGUUACAAAGCUUGGAAGAAAAAGGAAAAGAAAAAACUCCCUCAUUGAUGUCUACAUCUUGUGUCAAGGUUUGUUCUUCACCAUUUGUAAGGUGGACACUAAUUUAUAUGAAACUAGCUUCAAAAGAAGUGGAUCUGUUCUUUGCGCUCAUUUGGUAAUAAAAACACUUUUUGGAUGAUCA